AUGGACACCUCAAAUAUGAACGGUGUACAGCCAAUGAAUCCGGCCAGGCACAAGCUCGUCGACCAGGCCAUCAGAACGCCCGGAAGACAGCCUUCGCCUCAGCCAACAUUGCUAGGAGUGCCUGGUGCCUCCAGCUCAAGUCAGUCGCUGCAUCGAAUCCUGUCAGACCACAGUUCCGGAUAUGUGGCCCCCAAGUUCGAGGGCAAGAAAGCCCAAAUGGAAGAAGUUAUGGACCUCAUCGAAGAGAAAGGCUUUCUCCCCACGGAAUUCAUUCCUUCUGAGACCGAGUGGUUCUACAAUGCCUUGGGCAUUGACGACAUGUACUUCUCCACCGAGACCGUCGAGGCAGUGGCCAGCAAUAUCCUCUCGCUAUACGCGGCAAAAGUGGCUGCGUAUGCCCGAGAUGACAAGAAGUUGGAGAUCAGGCUCGCCAAAGAGGCGGCUGACCAUGCGGUCUAUAUCGACACCAGCAAGCCCGGAGUCAGCAACAUUGAUGGGCCGCGAUACGAGCAGAGAAUAGAUGAGAAAUACAUCGACGGAUCCACGCCCAGCAGAAGUUUCCGAGUCGAAUCCUUCCGAUCGACGAACGCACUACCAGAAAACCCCGACGAGUCCUUGCGAUGCUAUUUCAUAUACCAGUGUCAGUUCAAGAACACCAACCCCAGACCCGAUGAGACCGAUCUCGAGGUCAUUGGCGAGAAGCGAUUUCUGCAGAAGGCCACACAGAAGACCAAAGAAAUCUACCAGGAGAUCAUCACCUACGCUGUCCAGAGAACCGGGCCCGUCAUAGAGAUGUUUGAUAUGGAAGGCACACGGGAGAAGCGUUUGGUCAUUGCAUAUCGGCAAGGCUCCGCCCUGGGCGUGUUCAGUGCCCUGUCUGAUCUGUACCACUAUUACGGAGUGACAAGUUCGCGGAAGUAUGUGGAGCAGUUCUCCAACGGCAUCACAGUCAUCUCACUUUACCUGAAGCCUGCCACCAACGACAUCGCCCGGUCCAGAUAUCCUCCGAUUGAGGCAGCCAUUCAUCAAAUCAUCAAGGAGGUCUCAUUACUGUUCUGCAUCCCUCAGAACAAGUUGCAAGGCCAAUUUGCGAGCGGCAAUCUGAGCUUGCAGGAGAGUAUCUACGCUCACUGCGUGCAUAGCUUCGUGCAACAGUUCCUCAACCGUCUCGGAUCGGAAUACGCGUCUUUGGUGGCAGCGCUCAAAGGAGACAGCACGACGAACGCAGAGCUGCUAUCGAAAAUCAAGAAGCGCCUGCGGGAGGAGACCUUCACCGCCGAUUACAUCCUCGAGAUCAUCAACAAAUACCCGAAUCUGAUCCGUUCGCUCUAUCUCUCAUUUGCAAAUACCCACUACGUUCAGACCCGAGGCGAGCAGGAUGAUUUCAUCCCAACCCUCAGUUACCUCAGACUGAAUGUAGAGCAGGUGCUGGACGACAAAACAUUGUCUGAAAUGAUAUCUCAGACUGUGACAAAUCAGCACGACGAAAUGGUCAUGCAAUACUUCUUGACCUUCAAUCGCGCAGUUUUGAAGACCAAUUUUUACACCCCAACCAAAGUUGCCCUCAGCUUCAGACUCAAGCCCAGUACGGACUUCCUGCCCGCCCAUGAAUACCCCCAGCCAUUGUACGGCAUGUUCAUGGUCAUCGGUUCGGAAUUCCGAGGUUUCCAUCUGCGCUUCCGCGAUAUUGCUCGGGGUGGCAUUCGAAUUGUCAAGUCCCGUAACAAAGAACUAUACGCAAUCAAUGCCCGAACGCAAUUCGACGAGAACUACAACCUUGCGAACACUCAACAGAGAAAGAACAAGGAUAUCCCGGAGGGUGGGUCCAAAGGUGUGAUUCUGCUCGAUUUCAACCAUCAAGACAAAGGCCGUGUGGCCUUUGAAAAGUACAUUGACAGCAUUAUGGAUCUUCUCUUGCCUCCUACAAGCCCUGGAAUCAAGGACCCGAUCGUCGACCUUUACGGACAAGAAGAGAUUUUGUUCAUGGGCCCGGACGAGAACACCGCUGAUCUCGUCGACUGGGCGACAGAACACGCACGCAACCGUGGCGCACCAUGGUGGAAGUCGUUCUUCACGGGCAAGAGCCCUAAACUCGGCGGCAUCCCGCAUGACCGAUACGGAAUGACCACACUGUCGGUCCGCGAGUAUGUGCUUGGUAUCUACCGCGAACUAAACCUAGAUCCAAGCAAGAUCCGGAAGCUGCAGACCGGAGGUCCUGAUGGAGACUUAGGGUCCAACGAAAUCCUGCUGGGUAAUGAGAAAUACAUUGCCAUCGUCGAUGGGUCUGGUGUUCUGGUUGAUCCGGCUGGUUUGGAUCGCGACGAACUCGUCCGUUUGGCCAAGCAGCGGCUGAUGAUCCAAGAGUACGACAUCUCGAAAUUGUCGCCGCAAGGUUAUCGGGUGCUGGUCGAGGAGUCCAACAUUACGUUGCCGACAGGCGAGAAAGUGAACAACGGCAUGACGUUCCGAAAUACGUUCCACCUCCGCGACGGCACGCAGUACGACCUCUUCGUCCCCUGCGGUGGUCGUCCCGAGUCCAUCGACCUGUCAACCACCAGCAAAUUGAUCGUCAACGGCAAGUGUACGAUUCCGUACAUUGUUGAGGGCGCCAACCUCUUCAUCACGCAGGACGCCAAGCUUCGCCUCGAAAAGGCAGGUUGUAUAAUAUACAAAGACGCCUCGGCGAACAAGGGCGGCGUGACCUCCUCCUCGCUCGAAGUUCUCGCCAGCUUGUCCUUCGACGACCAGGGGUUCAUCGAGAACAUGUGCGUGGGCACCGAUGGCACGAUUCCCGACUUCUACGACGCUUACGUCAAGGAAGUGCAAGAGAUCAUCCGGCGUAACGCCCGGCUGGAGUUUGAAGCCAUUUGGCGCGAACACGCCAGAACCGGCAGCCCCCGCUCCACGCUCUCCGACCAGCUCUCUCUGGCCAUCACCAAGCUGGACGAGGAACUGCAGAACUACAACGAUUUGUGGGACAACAAGCCCUUGCGCGUGGCUGUGUUCAAGGAAGCUCUGCCCAAGACACUCCAGAGCAAAGUCGGCCUCGACAAGAUCUUGCAGCGUGUGCCGGAGAACUACCUCAAGGCCAUCUUCGGCAGUUACCUGGCCAGUCGCUUCGUCUACGAGUACGGUCCGAGCCCGAGUCAGUUUGCCUUCUUUGAUUUCAUGAGGAAGAGGCUUGCCGGGGCCAUCGCGAAUGGUCAGUGA